ACGCUGUAUUCAUCCGCACUACGCAGUAAAGUAGUACGCAGGCUGCAGCCUCAGGAUAGUGGAGCGAUGGCGCAGGGAAAGCAGAAAUUUAAAGCUCAGCGACCAGGAGGAGCUAAAAAACAACAAAACAAACCGAAAGGACCAAAGAAAGGAGGUCGGAUCAUCGCCCCGAAAAAAACAGCAGUGGUUCAACAACAGAAGCUUAAAAAGGGUCUGGAGGUGGCCAUCAGGAAUAAGAUAGAAGAGGAGGUGACUCAGAAAGCCAGCACCUCUUUACACAAGAGGCUGAGUGUCCUGAAGACCCCUCAGAGAAAAGGAGGAGCAACAGGAAACACCAAAACCUCCAGCACCGCCGCUGCUCCCUCUAAAUAACUCCACCGUACUUCUGCAUGUCGUUCAUACUCCACAUCACGACCGUAGAGCAGGAGAACGUGAAGGCGGCAGUCACACGUCUAGUGUAGGAGACUAGCUUGUAUCAGGAUUUACAGAAAAUGUCUGCUUUUUUUUAGAUGAGAAUAUUCAGCAGUCACAUAAAUAUCGACACGUGCUGAUCAAAAUGUUGUAAACGUGGACCCUUAACACCCCCGCUCAGAUAGACGUGUGCACAGAACAGACUGUAUGUAAUGUGUGUGUGUGUGUCAGAAGAUUCUCAGGGAUGAUAAAUAAAUAUAUAUCCAGGAGUUUUAAGAGAUUUUUGCUGUCAGUUUGUACAGAUAUGAAAACCUGAAAGAACAACUGACUAACAAGUAGAUAAUAAAAGCGUCCAGCACUUCAGGUAAAAUGAAUAAAAUGACAACGUUAACUUUUACAAUCCGGGUUUAUUUAAAGUCACGUUCCCAAUUAAAAAAAAUAAUCGAGCAUGCCGUCAGAUUUCUCUCUCUCUCUCACACACACACAUGUGUGGCUGUAAGUCGUUCAGAACAGAAUGUCUUUAACGGUAAAACAAAAGUAGGCACUUUUGACCAAGACAGUGCUGUGGUUAAACUCAGGUGAGUGCUCUCACACUUAGUAUUGUUUAUUUUAUUUCUAUGUUAUGAACAUCAGAGGCAAAAAAAACAAAAAACGUUUGUUGUGCAUUCAGUUAUAUUUUAAAAAAAACCUGUUCAGUUCCAGUUUCUCUGGAAUUCCCAGUAAAUGUGUUAGUGUGUUGUCUUUUGUUUUGAGGGAUGAGAUUUCACCUAUUUGCAUAAAAAUCUGCCCAAACUAUAAUAAAAGCAAAAACAAACAG